AAUCCAGCAAGCAAACCAGUGCAGGGGGCAGUAUCCCAUCUGAUGUAGAUCCAAGAAGGCAUUGUAAUCUGCAUGAACCUUGCUUAUCUGUCACCACAAUGCUCAUAUUCACCUCAUUAAACAGGCUGGAUUUGGGGUUGUUUUUUAAAAAAACAAAAAACAAAACACCCCACCAUAUAGGUAGUAAUUCACAUGCUUGUCUAGAACUGUAGUUGUUUGGCAUGACUAGUUGUACCCAGCCAGGGGUAGAUCAGGAUUAAAGACUGCAAAAUUUAUAUCCAAAUUUCCUUUUGUUUGAUGCACUUUGGAUUUUAGGUCUGGAGAUGGCACAUAUUAACUAUCAAAAUACAAAACUAUGAUCGCAACUGGUGGAGUUAUAACAGGCCUGGCUGCCUUAAAGAGGCAAGAUUCUGCCAGAUCCCAGCAUCAUUUAAAUCUCACAGCAUCACCAGCUACUGAAGAACAAAAGCCGGUCAAGCGCCGGCCUAGGGCAGACGUAGUUGUGGUCCGUGGCAAAAUUCGGCUUUAUUCCCCAUCAGGAUUCUUCCUUGUUCUGGGAGUUCUCAUCUCAUUUCUGGGGAUUGCUAUGGCCAUCCUUGGAUACUGGCCCCAAAAGAACCCUUUUCUCGAACGUGAAGACAGCUUGUCACUAAAUGAGACCCACAUCAUAGGAAGAGAAGGUGGAAUUAUCAUUCGUUUCUUAGAACAGCACUUACAUUCUGAUAAGAUGAAAAUGCUGGGGCCAUUCACAAUGGGAAUUGGAAUCUUUAUUUUUAUUUGUGCAAAUGCCAUGCUCCAUGAAAACCGUGACAAGGAGACUAAAAUCAUUCACAUGAGAGACAUCUAUUCCACUGUCAUUGACAUACAUACUCUGAGAAUCAGUGAACAAAAGCAGCUGAAUAGUGCCUACGCAGGCUUAGUCGGAGAACGUGAAAUCAAGCACAGUGGAAGCUCCCAUGCAUCACGGCUGGCUGCAAAUACAAUUGCACCUUUCUCGGGCUUUGCAAGCAACUUUCGAAUAGAUAGCAGUGCUGAGGAGGAAGAAAUGCCUAGGAGUGAUGGCAAAACCACCACUCAUCUUCUACCACCUUUGCUUACUGAGCGCUCCGGUUCAGUCUUUGGCCUUUAUCCUCUUUCUGGAAAGGCAAAGGAUGACAGGAGUAGUGGUUCUCUAAAAUGUGAAACAAAGUCAAUCGUAUCAUCCUCUAUCAAUGCAUUCACAUUACCUGUGAUUAAAUUAAAUAACUGUGUUAUUGAUGAACCCAGUAUAGACAACAUCACUGAGGAUACUGUAAGCAUUAGAAGCCAGCCAAGAAAUUUGUCCAUGGACUCUCUAGCAAUUCCAUUAACUGAUAUCAAUGACAGCUACAAACUUGCCAGUGCAUUAAUACCAAGAAACAAUUUGUAUGGAGACUCUUCAUCCAGUCAGUUCAAAUCUUCUAUGACUCUUGGACCCAGCACUGGGAAACUUCUUUCACCCAGUGCAGCUAGAAAACAAUUUGGGUCCAACACCUCUUUGAAUCUUUUGUCUGCACACUCAAAAUCCUUAGACUUGGACAGGGGUCCCUCUACCCUCACUGUCCAAGUUGAACAAAGAAAACAUCCCAGUUGGCCAAGACUGGACCGAAGCAACAGUAAAGGUUAUAUGAAAUUAGAAAACAAAGAAGAUCCAAUGGACAGACUACUUGUACAACCAGCCACAGCCAAGAAGGACUUUACUAAUAAAGAAAAGCUUCUUAUGAUUUCUAGAUCUCAUAAUAAUUUGAGUUUUGAACAUGAUGAGUUUUUGAGUAACAAUCUAAAGCGUGGAACUUCUGAAACACGGUUUUGAUAGGUUACUACUGUUAACAAGGUAUUUGCCAGUAUUUUUUAAAAAAGAAACUUUUUGACAUGUGAUUUUGUUUGUUUUUGUUUUUAGUGAAACUGGCAUAAGCCUGUUCUUACCAAAUGUUUCUAUUAGAUUGAAAUUGCCUUGUGUUAGCAAAGGUAAUUUUUCACCUCUGCAAUGCCAAGUGUUUAAUGUCAAUCAGCUUGUUCAUCAAACCACUGUACUGACAUAAUGUGGAUUGGAUGGUGUUUGUGCUGAGAGAGUGCUUUGAGAAUUGGUGUCUUCUUAACCGACAAUUGCAAUACCAUACAUUAUCACCACUCAACAUAUUUGGGUGCCUCAGAUCCAAUUUCCUGCCAGCCACUGCUCUUUCGUUUCUGUAUAAGCAUGCUAUUGUUCAUUGCCAUGAAUCAACAAUAAGAGCUGAAUGAAUAAGCAUCAGACCCAUCUGUGAUAGCAACAUUUUAAAAAUGAUGCUUUUAGUUGAAGAUGGAGAUGGAUCUGAGAUUUGCAGUGGUAAACAGCCAAAUUUGUAGCUACUUCAGGUGCAUCCAAGGGUUUGAGUAGGUCAACUGGAAGUUUUGACUGUUUUCCUUUUGAGGGGCAGAUCUAUUUCAUAACGCAAACUGCUUUCAAAGCUCCACUCCAUUUCAAAAGAGGUUUGCCAUGUAGUAGAGGUGCUGCUGACUGACAACCAUAAGUCCAGGUGUGGGCAUGUGGAACUAGUUGCAUGAUUCAUUGGAUCAAGGCUAUAAUUUAAAAACCUGGAACAAUCCACAAGGAUAUUUCUCCUAGGCAAGCAUCAUUGAAAUGAAUGUGGAAUGAAGUAGUAUUUACACAAAGAAGAAUGAAGUAGUAGUCACACACAGGUCCAAUUCAGUUCAGCUAGGCGUGCACAGAGGAAGUUCUCAGUAAGUUGUGCCCAUUGUAUGACUUUUACAUAUGGUAAUCUAGAAGUGAUUGUUUUGAAUUAUAUUUAGUAAAAACUGUUAUCAUAUUAGGUAAGAUUUGGGAAACAGGAAAGAGAAUGCAUUUUUAUGAUCUUGCUAUGCUCAAUGCAGUUGAAUACUACUGUCAUGUCUGACGUGAGUUCUGUUGUUAUGAUGACACAAAGAUGACAUUGAGUCAGAGACCCUGGGAAGAGCAGAUGACUACAAUUAUCCCUCACCAACUGCAGGUUUCCCAGUCGUGGUUUUGAGUAUCCACAACUGGGAAAUUGUGACAGGUCUCGCCAACUGCAACCCAAGUAUCCGUGGUUUGGUGGGGGUUUUGGCAAUUGGGGGUGUUCGGGGGUCAGGGGGUGAUUUUUGAGGGUUCUCCUUUUACUGACUUGUGGUGAUUUGGGGGGAUUUUUCCUAUUUUUUACAGGAAUUUUGUGGGGUCCUUCUGUGACCACGAUUCCGCUAACCCCCUGUUUGUCAUUGAUUUAAAUGGCUCGCCAACUGUAAAUUUGCCAACUGUGAGGUUUUCCCAGAACUGAACCCUUGCUGUUGGUGAGAGAUGACUGUACCUGCUGAAGAUGUGGGAACUGAGGAUGGGCAAAGGAUGGAUAAGGGUCAGUGCUAGCCAGCAAAGACACACUUUGACCAAAUUGGCUUUAUCACUGUUUAGCGUUUAUUAGAGGCUGAUAAAGCAGUAACAAGUAUGAGAUGUGGUAGGGAUAUAAAUAACACAUUUAACUAAUCUGACCUGGCAAGAAUGGAAUCACAGUAAAUUCAAAUUUUCUGGGUAUUUAAAUAACUGGUGUGUGUGGAGAGAAUGGGAGUUCCGGUGUACAACACUCAAAACCUCAAUUUUUUCUGGUUAUGGAAUGAAGUGAAAUAAAUAUUGCUGAUCAGUAAUCAUGGUAAUAUUACAUAUGAUGCUCCUGUUCAGUAUAUGUUUAGUAAUUAUAGUAAUUAUAUCAUUUUUAAUAGCAAAACCCUGAAUUGUGAACUUCUAAAAAGACAGUGACAUUGAUGGCAAACAUUUUAUCUCCUCCUGUCAGGUCACCAUUGAAGCUGUAUGUUAUUUAAAUAAAUUAGUAAUGUGAAGGGUAUGCUAGAACAUUUCCUCAAUAAGGCCCAGUGCUAGCUAAGAAAAACACCUUGAUUAAAUUGGCUUGAUCACCACUUAGCAUUUAUUAGUGGUUGCACUAACUCAAUUAGAUUCUGGUCUUCCUGACUAGUCUAGUGUAAUCCAGUGGCUUGGCCAAUAAGAUCACAGUGUUAAAUGGUCAUUUUAUCAGGUGUUUUGUAUUUUCACUUAACGUAAAUAACUCAGGAACUAUUUGAAUAGCUUCUCCCAAAACAAUCAGUUAUGUCAAAAUGUUCUUCAGUUGAACCAUGAAAGACAAGACAGAAUUUUUGUAUUGUUUCCUUCAAACUCCAUAUUCUAACAAUGUGGUGUUUCUGUGUCAAGAACAUCCCUUGCUCAGUGAAUUGAGGCAUAGUGUUAACCCAUUAGACUCUUAAGCCUAUAUAUUGUAACAGAGUUGGCUAAAUAUUUUGCUAUAAAGCUUUUAAUAACUUUCCAGUCAGUGUUCUUAAUACAUUUGCUAUUUUUUUUAAAUAAAAGCCAAAUGUAUAACUA